AGCCCGCCCCUUCAGGCCUUCUGUGCUGUUCGCCCUGUCGCUCACCACCCAGUCCAACAAUGAUGGCCUUUUCCAGCUCGGCCGGGACCAACUCCCAGCAGUCCCAGAUCAACCCCGAGCGGCUCAGCCAGAUUUCUCCACCACCUCCCCCUCCUCCUCAGCAGCGACGGCCCUCGCCUCCGUUCGACUCCCGUCCGUAUGCGGCUGGCCCUUCGGUUUCGCCAGACCGUCGAAACCGAUCUCGAUCGCCUCCCCGCCAGCGCUCUCCUUCUUCCGGAUAUCGCCGGGGAUACGCUCGGUCGCCAUCCCCUGGAUACCGAUCCUCGUAUGGUGGUGGCAGCGGACGGGGUGGCUACGAGCGCAGCGAUCGAUCUAGCUAUGACCGAUACGACGACCGCUCCCACGGAGAUCGAUACGGAGAUCGAUCCGGGGAUCGAUACGGAGACCGGCCUCGGGCUGCCUCCAGCCGACGAACUCGUGCGGAUGUCAUCAGGGGUACCGACACCGAUCGCAAGGAAACCACAUGUCUGUAUGUAGGCAACAUUCCCUACGACUUUGUUGAACGGGAUGUCGUAGAUAUCUUUGAGAAAUUUGGGCGGCUCAAGUCCGUCUCGGUCCCCGUCGACCGCAUCACCAACAAGAACAAGGGCUUUGCCUUUGUCAACUUUAUCGAUCGUCGCGAUGCCGAGGACGCAAAGAACAAGUACACGGGCUUUACCAUCAGCAACCGCACGCUGAAGCUCGACUGGGAUGUGGGCCGAGAGAAGAAGGACGAUAUCCGCGGAUAUUCCAAGCCAUCUGCUCACGACGCCCAGCAUGGAGCCUCAUACUCUCGCCGAUCCCCUCGCUACAGUCCCUAUUCUGACAACAGACGAAGAUCGCCCAGCCCCCCUCGUCGCUGAGGAUGUAUGGGUCAAGGAACACCGAUCGGUUCCCACCCAGCGCGCUCUGCCUUGCCGCCUCUCCUCUACUUUUGCUCCCCUUCCGCUCCAGACGAUUUUUUGAACGCGAGCCAUGGCCAAUAGGCUUGAUCCAAUAGGCU